AUGGCGUACGACAUGUCGAGCGGGUAUGCGCCGCCCAGCACAAGCAACAUGCAAGACGAUGCAUCGCUACCCAUGUUCAACAUAGAGCGCGUGUCCCUGCAGUUCAACAUAUCUUCCGACUUUGUAGCCGCUGCCGUGGCGAACAAUGUCCUCAUACUCGCCCUCUCGACGGGCCGCAUUCUGCGAAUCGAUCUGGAUAGUCCCGCAGACAUUGACGACAUUGACCUGCCGAAGAAGCCCUCGGAAAUCGGCGUCAUCAAGCGCCUGUUCCUCGACCCCUCGGCAUCCCAUCUGAUAAUAACCACGACCCUCGCCGAGAACUACUAUCUUCACACACAAUCGCGUACGCCAAAGGCACUGUCGAGACUAAAAGGAGUCGUGAUAGAGAGCAUAUCGUGGAAUCCGUCGCAACCCACCGCAUCAACAAGGGAGAUUCUUAUUGGGGCGUCAGACGGCAAUGUGUACGAAGUCUACAUUGAGCCCUCAUCUGAAUUCUACAGGAGAGAAGAGAGAUACCUUAAGAGCGUAUACAGGACAAAUGAUGGUCCCAUUACUGGGUUAUGGACAGACACCGUGGCUGGGCGGUCAGAUCUGCGGCGCGUCAUCGUAGCUACACCAUCGACUUUUCUACAUUUUGCAGGUAAAGUCGGACGCCAGGGACACGAGGGAAGCGGAUCCAUCUUCUCCAGACUCUUUGAAAGCGAAUCGGCAACAGUGCACGAAGUGUCGAAUGUGGCUCCUACCGCGACCUCGUUGUUGGCCGUCUCUCCGGAGAAUCAAGAGAGCCAUAACAGAGAGGACGCGCAUGCGGAGAGAGUAUUCGGCUGGCUCACAUCACAAGGUGUGUUGCAUGGCAAGCUGUACAUGUCACAGGACACCUCGGAGCUUGGCGGCAAGGUCCUUGGUGAUGCAAAGAUGCUGCCAAGAUCUCAGAUACCGCCUUCACAGACUGCCAGCGGGCGCACUCGCAGAACGCAAGAUGCGGUCAGUUCCAUGGUCCUGAGCCAGUGGCAUAUCCUCCAACUGGUUGAAGGCAGGAUUGUCGCCAUCAACCGACUUGAUGACACUGUCAUUCUGGACCAAGUCGUGCUUGAUCCUGGACAAAGCGCAUUAGGCCUGGUGGCGGACUUGAAGAAAAAUACAUACUGGCUUUUCACUACUCAGGAGAUAUUCGAGGUCGUAAUAACAGACGAGAGUAGGGACGUGUGGAAGAUUAUGCUCAAGUCGCAACAGUUUGAGGCGGCGUCACAGUACGCCAAAACACCGGCACAAAAGGACGCAGUAGCCACAGCGUCUGGAGACUAUCUCGUCGGGAAGAAUCAGUUUAUGGAAGCAGCGACUGUGUACGGUCGGAGCACAAAGCCGUUUGAGCAAGUCGCCCUGACAUUCAUCGAUAAUGGCGAACAAGACGCGCUCCGGAAGUACCUGGUGACCAAAUUGUCAACGUUGAAGAAAGGCGCCAUCAUGCAGCGGACCAUGGUGGCCGUAUGGCUGAUUGAACUCUACAUGGCCAAGCUUAAUACGCUAGACGACACCAUCACGACCAAAGCAGAGCUCUCUGAGAGUAUGAACACAGCCGAAACGCAUGACCAACUCUCGGUUAUUCGCAAGGAGUACCAGGACUUUGUUUCCAAGUACAAAGCAGACUUGGACCGCAAGACGGUGUACGAAAUCAUCAGCAGCCAUGGCCGGGAAGAAGAGCUGCUCUACUUUGCGACAGUCGUGAACGAUUACAACUACGUGCUCUCAUACUGGGUCCAGCGAGAGCGAUGGCAGGAAUCUCUGGGCGUUCUCAAGAAGCAGACGGAUCCAGAGAUCUUCUACAAGUACAGUUCGGUGCUCAUGGCGCAUGUACCAGUCGAGCUUGUGGAUAUCAUGAUGCGCCACUCUACCUUUGAUGCGCAGAAGCUCAUCCCCGCGUUCCUUAACUACAACAACCACACCAAAGUCCCUCUACACCAGAACCAAGCGGUCCGCUAUCUCCUUUUUGAAAUCAACCAACACAACUCGACAGACGCUGCAAUCCACAACACCCUCAUCUCCAUCUACGCAUCCCAUCCCACGACGGACGAAUCGGCGCUGCUGGCCUAUCUCGAAGGCCAAUCACUUGCUCACGAGCAGAACUACGACGCCGACUUCGCCCUCCGCCUGUGCAUCCAGCACAAGCGCGUACAGUCCUGCGUGCACAUCUACAGCUGGAUGCAACAAUACGUGCAAGCCGUCGAUCUCGCCCUCAAAUACGACGAAGUCGACCUGGCAUCCUCGGUCGCCGACCGCUCAAACACAGAGCCCGCUCUACGCAAAAAGCUGUGGCUCGCCAUUGCCAAAAAGGUCAUUUCGCAAUCCAGCGGCAUCAAAACCGCCAUCGAGUUCCUGCGCCGUGUCGACCUCCUCCGCAUCGAAGACCUGAUCCCGUUCUUCCCAGACUUUGUCGUCAUCGACGACUUCAAAGAGGAGAUUUGCGCCGCCCUCGAGGACUACAGCCGCAAGAUCGACAGCCUCAAGCAGGAAAUGGACGAUAGCGAAGCAACAGCUACACACAUCAAAUCAGACAUCAAGGCCCUCGAGCAGCGCUAUGCCAUCGUCGAGCCCGGCGAGCGCUGCUACGUGUGCGGUCUCCCGCUGCUCGCACGCCAGUUCUUUGUUUUCCCCUGCCAGCACGCGUUCCACAGCGAUUGCCUCGCCAAGCGCGUCGUCGAGCUCGCGGGCAUCGCGCGCGGAAAACGCAUCGCAGAGUUGCAGGUCGAGGUCCAGAAGGGCAUUAAGACGGGUGCCGGCAGGGAGAGGGCCAUCAAGGAGUUGGAUGCCCUCGUCGGGAGUAGCUGCGAACUCGCUGUCAAGCUCGUCAAUGAGCCUUUUAUCAGCGCAAACGAUAACAAGGAGGAGUGGGCGUUGUAG